CCACAGCCAAGGCCACAGCCAAGGAGCAACAAAAACAAACAACAGUCUUCUUCCAGGACAGUUUCUAGUCGGAGCGCCUCACGCAAUAAGCAACAUCCGCCCGGUCCAAUUCUACAUCCCUCAUGACGAAACCUCGGCCGAAACCCACUACCGCACACUGCGUGAACACGGCCUCCACCAAGACCAUUCAUUCUGGAAAGACAACAACACGCGGUUCGAGCAAGGUAAACAGCAGUUCGAACAGCAGAUGGUUUUAGAAAAAGGCGCCUGUACGCUGGACGAUCUGUCGGUGUACUUUAAGCAGUACCAGGUGGAGUCGUAUGAGAGGCAUUUGAGGUAUAAUCGGGCGGUGUGGAGGAGAAACUUGGCGAUGGUUGUGCCUGGGGUGAGGGCCUGGUGGGCGGAGGUUAGGCGCAGGGAGUGGCGCAGGGGUGAGGCUGUUGCGAGGCAUUCGGCGCAGCCUGGGCUCGACGCUAGGGAGGAUGGCGUGGGGAUGAUGGGGGGAGUGGAUGCGCCGGUGGAGCGGUGCAAGAAGACGGGCGGUGUCGUGACUGGCCCUGGCCCUGCCUCUAGCUCUGCCGCUGAGUCCGCUGCCGAUUCUGCUGCCGCCGCCGCCGCCGCCGACAGGGGUGUUGUUGAUCGGAGGGCAGAGAAAAUAAAGUCGUACUAUUGAGGGGCCUGCUUUUUCUAGAUAUUCUCUUUUCUUCUAAAUUCGAAUGUGAC